AUGUCCCAGGACAGCUUCAUUCUUCCCCAUACGGCAGAUCCGCCAUUCUACCUUCCAGAGUUGAAAUUCGAUCAUUGCGAUUACUCCCCAGAUAUUGCGCUUACUAUAUGGGAGGGGUUUGGGUUUUCUGCCGACAGAUUAACCACUGGACUCUCCCAGAAAUGCAGCCAGGGAGGUAUUGAAGAAUAUCUUCAACAAUUUCCUCGAGAGGAAGUUAGUAGGUCUCUGGAACAUCACGCCGAGGGUCCUCGUAUUAUGGCUUACGCAGUUGACACUGAAAACGUCGAGAUCGUUCAGCUACUCCUAGGGUAUAACGGCGACGCCAGUUCCAAAUACUUCGAUGACGUCCCACUAUUAGCAUUUGCUAUUAUGCGCGUUAGAAGAAAUGAACAUACCAGCUUAGAAAUGAUCAAAUUACUGCUAUCGUACGGAGCGAACCCUCUGGUGAUACCUAGAGAAAUGUGGAAGGACUAUGUCAACACACCAAUCGCGAUGAACUAUAACAGCGAUAAAAUGUCAUCCUCUGAGCGAUGGUGUGUUCACAAGUAUAGAUUUGCACUAGCAAAGGAACUCGAUCUGACAACUCGGUAUUAUCUUUGGAAGGCCAGCCGUCUCAGAAAGCCGGCAAGGCGUAUGCUCCAGAUAGCUGAAGCCUCGAAAAUGACAGCACUCCUGAGAUUACCUUUUCGGAUCAUUGGUCAAGAGUUAGCUGUGAAGCUAGUUAUAGACACAGUCUAUACUCAUAUGGCGCAAGACACUGAGAAGCCUCUUGUGAUGGUUUUUGCGGGUGCUACUGGCCACGAAAAGACAGAACUCGCUAUCCAGAUGGGCUCUCUGCUGUCGGUUCAGAAUAUUACCAUUGGUUAUACUCAUUUCAACUCCCAGACGGCGCAAUUCGGUAGCAUAUUUGGAGAUGAGAGCAAUGCUAAUCGCACGCCACUGAAUAGCUUCCUAGUGGAUAACCACGGAAAACGGUGCGUUGUAUUUUUAGACGAGUUUGACAAGGCGGACGAUAACACACUGAAUGCACUGCUGAAGGUCAUGGAUGAUGGCACAUACCGCGAUCGUCGCUGGGGGGCUGAUGAUGCCGAAUUAGAUUGCCGAAGAGUUAUUUGGAUCCUAUCUACGAAUUUAGGGAAUGACGCUAUCUCUGGAUUCCAUUCGCAAUACCUUGCUAAGUGUAGCAAUGAAGACGUGGCUAAUAUAUCGAUUGAACCCCUUCAAAGCGAGCUCGAAGAACUUUACAUGAGCCAUUUUCCGCCUGCAAUCACCAACCGUAUUGACGCAAUUGCACCGUUCUUCCCCUUCAACAAGGGUGAGCAGGCUGUCAUCGCUCACAAAUUCCUCCUUGAAUUUAUAGAUGAAAUUCGGCGCCCUAUCAACGAAAGAGCCAACCGUUUGGUCGGCCACACGAAAAUCCGCAUGGUUGAAGACGGGAAAGUUUGCGGGGAGGUAGCUAGGAAAUGGUACAAGGAAGGGCUCGGGGCGCCCUCCAUCUAUAAGGGCGUUCGGGCAUUAAGACGCAAGUUCGUCUUGAAGUACGCCGACACAGAUGACCUUGUAGGCGAUAGUAUGGAUGAAGGAGAUCAUGAACGAUAUGUAAUACAGCUGAAUCCAACGGGGGAGGAUCGCGAACUAUCGAUCUCUCGCGAAUAG